CACGUGCAAAACUAAAUUUUAAUUUUGUAGCCUUUAUUUCGUCGCAUGUCUUAAAUUCUGCCAUGGUGAACCCCGACAAUCAAAGCAAAGCGAUCGAAACUGCGAUCUGCCAGAAUUGUGUCACCUUCGUCGAUGAAAAACCUAAAGUCUACGUUCCCCCGAUGGGAUUGUCAAGUGAAGUAGAUGACCCAGUGCACUCUACGUACAGUCGAGAUUACCCAGGACACAAGCGGAUAUCUCCUCCGCUAGUGAGAAGACCACACGAUGCGCUACCCAUUUCUACAGACUACAAGAACACUUACAUCACCACUUGUCAAGAGAGGUUCAAACCUUGGGACAUGAAAACCAUCCCUCGAUACGAGAAUAAGGCUCCACGCAGACAUUACACUGCUCCAGAGAUAACUAUGCACAGUACGACAAGCUAUAAAGAUGACUUUGCCAAAAUUGUACCUCUACCGAACAUUCAAAGGAUGUCAAGGAAUAAAAAGAAGCCAUUCUACAUGCCCCAAAAUUUGGAGGCUAUGGUAACUGGUACAACUUACAAGAAAGAUUUCGGUUCUUGGAAGGUGAGUGUCCGAGAAAUACCACCCUGGGCUAGACGAAAGCCAAGGACCACCCCUCCACCAUUCCUAUCGGUCACCACACAGAAGCGCGACUACUCCGUACCAUUCGUCCAGCGAACCGACGUCGCCCAACCCUACCGACCUAAGGACGGCUUUACUUUCACUGACAGUGAGCAGCCGAUGAACAUGACUACCAUGUAUAGCGCUAUUCACGAUAAGCUACAACCAACCAAAGAUGUGUACGCUUAAGAGCCUUCGAUUUUCUGGGGAAAAUCAUCUUUAGAUUUUAGCUUUGAACUUUAUCUUUAAACUUUUUAUCAGAA